GUGAUAGGGAAGAACGCUAGAAAAAAGAAAACCAGAAGGAAGAAAGCUUAAGGGGAAAAAAAAAAUAAACAACGGUGGGAAUAUCAGCCUGACAGAAAGAGGCGGCUUCACCUUAAGACUUCAUGUGGACAGACAGAGGAAGACAAAAGAAGGUGGAGACAUGUUAAGUUGUGUGUUCCAGAUGUGAUGGGAGGACAGCGGUGGCUGGCAGCUGGACAUGAGAUAAACACAUAAAUAAAGAAUCCUCUGAGGACAAGGAGAAGGGGAGAAGAUGAAGCUGAACGAACGGAGCGUGGCGCACUACGCCACCUGUGACUCACCGCCAGACAAGACAGGAUUCCUGUUCAAAAAGGGUGAACGCAACACUGCUUAUCACCGGCGCUGGUUCGUCCUGAAGGGUAACAUGCUUUUCUACUUUGAGGAGCGUGACAGCCGAGAGCCUAUCGGUGUCAUCGUCCUUGAGGGAUGCACUGUGGAGCUGUGCGAGUCAGCUGAGGAGUUUGCCUUCGCCAUCAAGUUUGACUGCGCCAAAGCACGUGUGUACAAGAUGGCUGCUGAAAGCCAAGCAGCCAUGGAGUCAUGGGUGAAAGCCUUGUCAAGGGCCAGCUUCGACUACAUGAGGCUGGUGGUAAAGGAGCUGGAGAGGCAGCUGGAGGAGAUCCAGGAGGCUGCAGGAGGUGGCAGUGUCGGGGCUGGAGUUGGAGGCUUGCAGGGCAGGCCUAAGUCCUCCAGGCGAAACCAGGUGGCACGGUCCAGGUCUGGCGCAUCCUCUUCUUCAUCAUCCUCAUCAUCCUUAUCAUCAUCAUCAUCAUCAAGUGCCCCUCCCAUGGCAGUUCCCUCUUCUGCUCAAAAGAGCACCCACGAUGAGGUGCAGCUCAUCUCUGGGUGUUACAAAGAGAAUGGAGUUGCAUGGAGUAAACCACCAGUUGCCUUGGCUAAUGGUUUUGUUGACGGAGGGUCCUCCUGUGUGGCCUGGGAAGGUUGUGCAGACACUGGGAAUAGCAUUGUGACUGGUUAUGGGACUGAUGGGGUGAGGGCUCCACCAGUGCCACCCAGGAGAAGAGGAGCAUCUCUGGAAAGCCCUGUGUCCCCUGGCACCGGCUGCUUCUUCAAGCUCCAUGAAUGGUACGGCAAAGAGGUGGAGGAACUGAGGAUGCAGUGGCUGCAGAGCCAGUAAACUAAUGGAAAUUGAUCAUUUCUUUUUCCACAGUUACAUCAUUCCUUUCUGAACAUCCUAAAAUGUUACACUUCUCUGAACCCAACAGAAAACUGACUUAAUUGCAAAUUGUAGUCUUAUCACCAAUGGGGAAAAUAAAAGACAAAAAAAUUUGAGAUUGAUUCCAGACCUUGUCUGGCACAGGAGAAUCAAUCAGUCUUAAAGAAUAACACUAUCCACUGUACAAUCCAAGAAAUUUUAAAACACAAAAUAUGCUCUUUUCUACAGUUAUGAUCAAUGUCAAGGACAGUUGAGAAUGUUGAGAAUACAGUAUUUAAAAUCAUCAGUUUUUCUAACAAGUUGCAAAGAGUGUGGCCCUGUAGGAGAUAAAACAGAAAAAUAUUCUGUUCUGUGAUUACAUUAGCAGUGUUCAAGAUUUCUUCUGUGCUUCUACCUUCCAAAUGUACUUGUGCAAUUGUUUUGGGGUUCUUUUUCUUUAAAGGUGUAUGAACAUUGAUCAGAAAUCAUGUUUUUUUAUAGUUACACAGACAAACCAUAGUGCUAAUCAUCUGAAAAAUACACCCCCCCCCCAAAAAAAAAAACAAACAAAUAAAAUCAUUGCCAAAAUCACCACUGUUAAGUCUUUUUGCGAUGGAAGAGGAAAGGCCAGGAUGGUUUCUAUUAUAUUGAAAAAACGAAGGACACUUAAAUGAAUGUCUAAAGACACUGCACAAAACAAAUCAAAAUAAAUCAGGUUGCCAUAGUGAUACAUUAACCAUGGGGAAUAGAAAAUACUGCAGCUGUAUGAUUGAAGUCCUUAAGCAUUCCCAUGUUGGACAUGAAACAGUGCACAGCUGUUCUGAGCUAAGUGCUUGAAUCAGUUUAAGAUGAUAAAAUUAAAGAAACAGUUGAACAGUUGGUGAUAUUUUUACAGUCUGAUGGCAUGACCACCAGGACAAUUAGCAUUGAAAUUUAUGAUUUCGAGUUUCCUAUAACUUUAAACCACCUUAACACUAAGAUCACUUUAAUAUACCGACUUGAGGAGAAAUGAGAGGAUACUCUCUGGUUAAAAAGUGGUGUUGGGAGGAAAAUAGUCCAGAGUCUUCUCCAUAUUCCCAACGGGGAAUGUCUCAUCCCAGAGGCCUUUUGGUUGCUAAUGUCAGAGCAUCCUCUCGACAGCCACCGGGGACUGUGGUAGGAGCUGGAUGUUUUGCUCAGAGCAACACACCCCGGUAUUUUUAGCCUGUGUUAGCCAGCGGCCAGAUGAUGCUGUGUCAUAAGAGUGUUUGUCACUUAGUUCUCUUUUGUUUAUCCUUGAACCUACAGGAUUUAACACUUGUCUUCAUAAUGCUCUGAUAAUUUUGUAUUAUACAAUCAAAUCAUCUUAAUUAUAUCAAGCUGUUGGUUUGUUUGUUACAACUUAUUAACCUGAAUGUUACUGAAUGAGUGUAACUGCUAGAAGGCCUGUACUGUAUGUGAACAUCUAACCUCUUGGUUUGUACAGAAAUAUUUACUAUUCCAUGCUGGAAAACACCAGCAGUCUUGAAAAUGGGCCUUUUAAAAUGAUCGCUCGUCUAGUAUUUCUGCAUCCAAUCACAUAGCUGUUUACAUUUUUUGUUUCAUAGGUGCCUUAUGUUAUCUUUAUGACUCAGUUAUUGCACUUGGAACCAUUAUCUUAAGAGUACAGUGAUGAGAGGGUUUGACAUUUCCUCUUUUUCGACUGUACAGCUGUUAUUCUUUUCCUUUCUUGCCAAAGGCUCAUCUCAGUGCAAUCACUUUUUGACAAUGGCUCAGUUGCGUUCAGUCUGCAUCAAUGCGCAGCGCUGUCAUUACUGUUAUACACUUGGCUUGUGCAGAGACAACGAUGUGGGAAGGAGUGGUACAGUGUGGACUGUGUUUUUUUUAAAACAGCACUAUCGUAGUGUUAUCCUUUUGACAUCUAUUAUCUAAAGUCAUUAGGGUUGUAUUAUUGCCAAUUUUACUAAUUCCAGAAGUCUAUUACUGUAAUCACAGAUGCCAAUAGUCUGUUGUUUACAAUUAUAUUUAAAGCAGUUUGUGAAAGUGUCAAAUUAACUGUAUAAAUGAUAAUACUAUCUGUCUUUUUCAAGAGUGCCAAAUGAGCAAUGCAUUCUAAAUGCACAAUAACCACUUUGUUAGUUUUUUUUAUUAACCUGUAUGAUUCCAACAACUUUCAGUGUUAUAGUAAACGAUAUGAAUAUUAUAUUGAAAAAUCAGUAAUAAUUAACACAUCAUUCUGAAAUGGUACCCUGAAAAGAUGCUUGUUAAUUAAACAUUUGCUGUAAACU